AUGACUAGGAAGAAGAAAGCCGGCGAGAGAAAGAAAGACAGUCCUCCGGGCGGCGCUUCUCCUGCUUCGUCCACGGUCAGCGUUUCUGCUUCUCCCGGCCACCAGGAGCAAAAGCCACAAGGAUCUUCGUCUGUGCCUAAAGCUAUCAAACCACCGCCCGCAGAGCCGUCGACUUCUGCUCUCAUUAUCUGUCGCAACAAAAGCUAUGAGAAGAAUUUAUUUUCGCAAGAUAACUACAACUAUGCCUCUCCGCAGCCACAGCCCAUCGACCCGGCGGUCUUCUUCGACCUCAUCAAGAUCCGUCGGCUGAUCGAAGAAGCCACAGAUCUCGCUGUACGUGCAGCGAAUGGAACAAUAUCUUCGCUGGGGAACUCUUCAUAUAGCUCGGGAUACGGUCUUCUGGGUGGCAAUGGAGGGGGACCCAUGGGGGGUUCGGGUGUGCGAGGGAGUCGAGGAGACGGUACAAUGAAAUUGAGUCGGGAACGACGGCACCGUAUGCGGGAACAUGCCACCCAGAAGCUAUCCAAGGCAUAUGCGCUUGAUGAGAUUGCAGCUAGUGUUGCCACGAUGCAGUCUGCAUCCGCACUCGAAGAAGUUGCAAAGUUGGUUCUACAACGGAACGAGAAUGACUGUGACGCGAAAUACGUCCAUUUUUUCCAUGAAAAGAUCCCAUCUCGUUCUCUGGUGCAAUGCACAAGUCUGCGGCCGCUGGAUGAUAUCAUUGCUAUGCGUCAGUUGGACGGGGCUACCUACAGAACUAGAGCUGUGGCAAAAAUGCUGAAGGACGACCUCUUAGGCGCAGCGAGAGACCUCACAGAGGGACUUGCUGCUUGUCGUGCUUGUGGCAGACAACAUGAAGACACCAGAAAGGACAUUGAAGUGGUGACUGAAAGCAGUCGACGAAAAAUGAUGCCAUCACGGUUCAACCAGAAGAUAGAUGAAAACGACCAGCCACAUGGAUUGGAGGCUCAACUGCUCUUCCAUAGGGCUGGAGUUUACUUGAGUAUCUCGUGUCAACAUAUCCACGAGGCGUUGACUGCUUAUGAGAAGACCAAGGAGUCGCAGGGACCGACAAUUGGCGAUGAUGACACUCUGGAAGUGAAAGAGAACGGUGGCGACCCAAAAGACAGACAGGCACAUAGACGCUGGCUGGAGGAGCGGAAGAUGGUCAAGUCGAAUGCGCGACGGGCCCUUCGCGACUAUCUUACCUUCCUUUCUCUGAUCAAAUAUACCCCAGGACCUACCCCGUCUAAAUUACAAGACGGCACUUUUGCUACUCUCUACAAGAUUUAUCCUGUGUCAGACCUCUUCUCAUCCACUCCUCCUGCAGACCUCCCACCUUACCCCGAAGAAUCAGAUGCAUUAACCGUGUCCAACCAAGGUACUGCCGGCCAGCAAGUCCGAAGCUCGGACGUCUGUCAUGAAGCCGUGACUUACCACCCGCUGCUUACGGACGCCCUUCACUCCAUAUUGAUAUGUCAUUCCAUCCUUCAGACACCUGAAAAGGAGUUCGUCCGCCACGCUCACAUGGUAGCUCGAGUCGCACGCAUCUGUGACGGGUACCCCAUCUUCCUGGCUCCCCGAUCUCCCUCCCGCUCCGACUGGAUGGAAAUCCUCCACCGCACCGAUAACUGGCUUAAGAUAAGACCAUGGGAAACCCUCUGUGCACCUGCCCCUCUCCCAGGCCACGGCAUAUACAAGAAAGCAACGGCGGACCCAGCAACACCGGCGGCUACGCAGCCAGAGAUUCCGCAUGAGCCUGCGCAGAAAACACCACCAGCCCCAACCCAAGAAGUAAUGGCACACACCUCCCAGAUGAACGAUGCCGUGUUUAAACGGUGGGCUCAGGAUGACUCCAAGGACUUCCCGUUCUGCAAUGAACGCGCAGCGGCUGUCUCCUGGUGGGUUCAAAUGGCCCCUGUCUCUGCAGGCACAGCGCGGAGCAAAGGGAAGAAGAAUGCUGGAAGCAGCAAGGGUGAGCCAGUGGAAAACAAAGGUCAUAAGAACGAGCAGGAGAAGCGACUCGCCAACGAGAAAGCAGUCGAUAUCUCAGUUCAGGAUAGAGCCCAUGACUAA